GUUUUUUUUUUUUUUUUUUAGGCGUGUUUUGUUGCUAAGGAAACUCAGGAUAAGUAUCAAUUUUGUGUUUGCUAUUUGUUUGAUUAGAACAAUUCAUUCCAAUUAAACCAAAUAGAUGUGUUAGUCACAUACUCACAGUGGCUGGAAGUUUAUGGUUUUCUUGGUCCCAAAUCAUGAAAAAUUGGAAAAGUCCAAAAAUCUCCACUUUUUCUGUUAAUUUUUUUAUUUUUUAUUUUCUUUCUCUCUCUCUCUCUCUCUUGAUAACAAAUAGUGCAUAUGGCAAUCUGAAUUUGUAUUUUUUUUCUUGUUGUUGGACAUAAGUGAUGGUAUAGCUUAAUUUGUAUUUUGGCCAUUUAAUGUCUCUUGAGUUGAUUUUUUUAUUAUUCUCAAAUUAUUAUUCAUUUUGACAAUGGGAAAAAGUAAAGGAGCUGAAUCUUAGAUGCCCUUGUCAACUUCCAUCUUCUUUCCCUUUAUUGAUUUAGGGUUUAGUCUUGGAUCACCUUUUUUUCCUCCAUGUUUGUGUUGUUUCAUAUUGGUUAUAUUUGAUGUUUUAAAAUAUGGUGUCUCAACCUAUCUUAUAGUAAUAUUACACCUUUAACAGUGGAGUGGUUUCUUACUUUGGUCUUUUUGUUCUUUAUUGUCAUUUUCUAUCCCUAACAUAGUCUAACAGUUUGGUCUUUUUUUUCUUUUUCUUUUUUUUUUUUUCAGGCACAUCGUGAAAACUCUUAUCAAAAUUUAUUGCAGCUGUUUAAUUUUAAUUCCGGUUCUUCAACCCUUCAAGGGUGAUAAAAAGUCCUUCAUUUUUUCCCAUUCAAAGAUGCUUGGUCUUAAGAAAUCUCCAUUAAACAAGGAUCCUAAACAGAACUCAGUUAACCCCGGUUUCCGCAAUCCAUUUGAUUCUGACGAUGAGUCAGAUAACAACCAAACACUAAAACCCUCAAAGAAAACUUCUGAACCCAAGUUAGUUACCCCAAAUUUGGGUACCAACCCUUUUGAUGACAAUGCGGAAAAAGGGACCUCCUCAUCUUUGUACUCUCUCACUUCAGCAGCAAGAAGCACAUAUAGGAAUGAUUUCCGUGACUCAGGAGGAAUAGAGAACCAGACUGUCCAAGAAUUGGAGAAUUAUUCUGUAUACAAGGCUGAGGAGACUACAAAGACAGUCAACAACUGUCUGAAGAUAGCUGAGAACAUAAGAGAGGAUGCUACCAAGACUUUGGUUAACUUGCAUCAGCAGGGUGAGCAUAUUACCAGGACUCACACAGUUGCUUCUGGCAUUGAGCAUGAUCUUAGUAGGAGUGAGAAACUCUUGGGAAGUCUUGGGGGCAUAUUCUCCAGGACCUGGAAGCCAAAGAAGACUCGAGCAAUAAGGGGGCCUGUUAUCACAAGAGAUGAUCCAGUUCAAAGAAAGGGUAACCACUUGGAGCAGCGGGACAGAUUGGGAUUGGCUGCAGCUCCCAAGGGAUUGUCAAACGCACAAACACCACCUCCCGAACCCACCAGUGCACUGCAAAGAGUUGAGGUAGAAAAGGAAAAGCAAGACGAUGCACUUUCAGAUUUAAGUAAUGUGCUGGGGGAGCUGAAGAAUAUGGCUAUUGAUAUGGGAACUGAAAUUGAAAGGCACAACAAAGCUCUGGGUCAUCUUAAUGAUGAUGUGGAGGAGCUAAAUUUCCGCGUGAAAGGUGCCAACCAGCGGGGACGCCGUUUGCUUGGGAAGUAGAGCGCACUGCGACGCUGUCUAGUCUUGCCUUUUGACAUUGGUUUGCUGCCUACCUUGCCUGCUCUCCAUCAUUUUGUUCUGCGUAUUUUGGAUUGACAUAAUUUGCUUUUCAUGCAAUCUUUUUUAUGACAUUGGUUUUGUUGUCCUCACCAAUAUACACUCAAAAAAUUGAGACUGGAUGUCUUAAUAAGAAUAACCG